GUUUAAAAUGACAAUUAUCUGCUCAAUUGAUCAUAUCAGUCUGUUUUUGUUUAGUAGAAUAUUGCAGCCUGGACGUGAAACGUUCCUUGUUCUUCGUCGGAUCAGAAUUUUUUUCUUUUUUUGAAAAAGACUCAAAACAUUUGAAUUCUCUUUAGUGUUCCCGCCCUUAUUUCAUUAAGGGCGUCACUUGAGAUUGAUAAAUGCUCGAAUGUAAACAAGACUUGACAGAUACAAAAUCCCUUCCUAUCUUUACAAUUGAUUUCAACCCGUCUUUUAGCCUUAAACUUAGACAAAGUAAUGAGACUGGAAGUCAUGGUACAACUGUUUGGGAUUCUGCUAAAUUGUUAGCAUUUUAUUUAUAUGAUACUGUAAAGAAACCAUCCUUCGAAAAUCAACGGAAAAACAGCAGCAAUAGCACAAAGAAUAUAAAAACUUGUUUAGAGCUCGGAAGUGGUUGUGGUUUGGCUGGCCUAACCAUGGCCUCGCUAGGCUACCAAACUGUUUUAACCGAUCUUCCCGAUGUAAUUCAUUAUGUGCUUGAAAAAAAUUGUCAAGAUGCUACUAAAGAUAUCACGGAUUGGUGGUAUUACUUACAUCACCACCUGACGACAAGCAGUACUGCAGACCUAAUUCAGCCACCAUCAAUUAUUGUUGAGCCAUUGGAUUGGUUGAAAAUAGAUGUUGAUAGCACUUACUCUCAAGAGACCAACGUUUUUUACAAUUAUAUUCUGGCAUCAGAUUGUAUUUACGAGGUUGAAUUGGUCGAGCCUUUAUUGAAAUGUAUUCGGCAUUAUUCCUCAACUUCAACAAUCAUACUUAUUGCUGUAGAAAGAAGAGAUGAUGCUGUGAUUGAUAGUUUCAUUAAGAAGGCUGAAGCAUUUGGGUUCAAUGCAAGAAUGGUUUUGAAGAAGUUUUUGAGACAUGAUAUGGUAGACAACGAUGAUGUCGAAAUUUGGAAACUAAAAUUAAAACGCGGAAUCAAAUAGAAGCAUUGUAGCAAUAUAAAACCUGAGCCCAACUCCCAUACCAAAAAAAAAGUAGCCUUAAGCUGAUGUAAAUGCUAUAAGCAAUAAAUAAUGUCAC